AUGCAAGCACUCCCACCCAUUUCUGAGAACAGUGCAGGCACUCUGAUAACUCACAGCUUUCGAGCUGCCCAUAUAAAGUUGUUCCACUUUUGCACACUUCCUCAUACUGCUAGUUUCUCUGCGAAGAUGAAGCUGUUCGUUUACUUAGUCUUGCUUAAGACAGCCCUGCUUGCUUUAACAAAUGUCUUCGCAGUUGUUUUAGAAAAGGCAGAGGAUGCUGAAGAAGGAAAAGUUACUGAUACCUGUCCUAUAAAGCUCAAAACUAAUGGGAAAUGUGAUGAAGGAGAGGACUGUCCGUAUCAGAUUAACCUGCCUCCAAUGACCAUCCAGUUACCCAAACAAUUCAGACUGAUUGAGAAGACUCUCAAAGAAGUUCAGACCCUUAAAGAAGCAGUAAACAAGCUGAGGAAAUGUUGCCAAGAUUGCAAGCUGCAGGCAGAUGACAACCAAGAAAGAGACAGUAGUAACGAAUUCCUGCUACCUAAUGCAGAAACUGCAGCAGAAAACAGUAAAAUCCAAGAUAACAGAGUAAAGGAGCUGCAAAGCAAAGUUAACAGAAUGUCGGCCAGCUUAAAAAAUGCAAGGAGUCAGAUCCAGACACUGCAGGGUCGCCUCGAGAAAAUGAGCCUCAUAAAUAUGAACAAUGUAGAAAAUUAUGUUGACAGCAAAGUUGCCAAUUUGACAUUUGUCGUGAACAGUCUUGGUAACAAAUGUUCUUCUGAAUGCCCAGCAAGGCAACCAAGACCUGUUGUACAAAUUAUGCAGCGAGACUGUGCUGAUUAUUAUACAGCGGGCAGAAGAAAUAAUGGAAUCUACAGAGUUACCCCUGACGCCAGAAACCACAGCUUUGACGUCUAUUGUGACAUGGAAGCACUGGGAGGUGGCUGGACACUGCUGCAGCGGCGUCAGGACGGUAGCACCAACUUCAACAGAACAUGGAAUGACUACAAAAACGGCUUUGGAAACCUUAGCAGGGAGUUUUGGCUGGGGAACGAUAAAAUUCACCUCCUGACAAAGAGCCAGGAAAUGCAACUGAGAAUUGAACUCGAAGACUUCAAUGGUAUCAGAGAAUAUGCUAAAUACGAACAUUUCUACGUGGCCAACGAAUAUCUAAAGUACCGCCUGAGCGUUCACGGCUAUAGCGGGACAGCGGGAGAUGCCCUUCACUACAGCAAGCAUUACAACCACGAUCAAAAAUUCUUCACGACUCCGGACAAGGACAACGAUAGGUAUGCGUCAGGAAACUGUGGCGCAUACUACAGCUCUGGCUGGUGGUUUGAUGCAUGCUUGUCGGCCAACCUCAACGGCAAGUACUACCACAAGAAAUACAAAGGUGUUCGCAACGGGAUUUUCUGGGGUACCUGGCACGGUGUUUCUGACGAUAUUCCGAGUGGUUAUCGGCAACCCUUUAAAUCAGUAAAAAUCAUGAUCAGACCCAAAAGUUUUGUGCCAUAGAUCUAGGCCUUUCUCUUAACUGGUUUGCGUUGGAUUGCACUCAAAAUCACACUUACUCAGUAUUAUACUCAGAAUUCAAAUAUUCAGUUAUGUUUGGCAUAAAAUAGUUCUACACAAAAUAACAUAUUUCACAUAAAUUUUUAGAGAUGGUUUGCCCUGCAUAAUGUAUUAAAAACAGCAUUAAUGAUUCUGAAUAGAUAUUGCUAAAACUUUGCAUAGGUUAGGUCUUGAUAUUGCUAUGUAAAUAUCCUAAACAUUGCUGUUGGUGCUUUUACUGUCUGUGGUAUACUAGAUUUUAUAAUUCAAAAGUUUUAAAUGGUGUCCUAUAAAUUGUAUCUGAAUUAACACCUGCAUUUUUACUUGAAAAUAACUCAAAAGCACAUCUGCUAACAUACAUCUAUUAGGCACUUAGAGGAAAACUUAAUAUCUCUUGAUAUGGCCCUACUUUUUGUAUCAUCUGUGCUUCACAACUUCAAGUGUAUGCCAUGGCGUAAGUAUGACUUAGGAAAGUAGUGUGUAUCAUUAUUUUAAAAGGAUUAGAGAACAUAAGAGCACAUAGUUUGCUCAAAGAUGCAAAAGAAGCCUUAAGGAAAAAUAAGAAAAUGAAGAUGAUUCCUUUUGCCAAACAAGCUGGUGAAAGAAUUGAACAAGGACAAGUGAAAAUAAUGUAUAGAGAACGUAAAGAAAGAGGACCCUUUUUGUUCCUAUCAGUUCCUCUGUUGAGGUCCAACGUCCUAUUCCUCCUCUAUGGGAGAAAGGAAUGGUUAUGUAGUUUAUCACAGACUUAUACAGGUAGACAGACAGGUAGGAAGAAGCAGCAGCAAGAAUGCAAGUCUUUACCUUAAUGUUUCUAAAUACAUGCAGGAGUUUCCAGACCAUUUUGCUUUCUUCCGAAUCUUUUAGGUAAGACAAAUGUUACAAGAUAACUUUUGCAGAGACUCAAGCUCUCUCUUAAAAACUGCUCACUAUAUGUACCAUUAUAGCUUAAAUUAUUUGUAAGAUUAUAAAAAUAAUGUAAAAUUAGAAGAUCAUCUUUUCCUCAUUUCCUGAGCAGGCCUUUUUAAAGUCACAGAAUCAUGGAAAAUCCAGUGGCAAUUACAUACAGGAAAGAGAGUGGGUGAAGUACCUUUUUGUUCUAAAAUAUAACAGAUGAAAACUAAUCAAAUGUUCAAACACUUCAGGGUGGACAAACCAAAGAUACUAUUAUUAUAGCUCUUACUGUAGGUAGCAAGCAUAAAUUUGCCUGAAUAGAUCUUUUGCCUACAUUAGAAAGGAUAUCUCUCUAUAAUUACAGUGACUAACAUUCUUAGACAAGAUGCAGCUUAUAUUAGCAAAAGACAUAUAUACCAAUUUUGAGAAGGAGUUAAACUACUAGGGCUAUUUCUUUACCAGUAAAAGGUGUAUUUCUUUACCAGUAAAAGGUGGUCUUUGCUGGCAUAGGCUUGUUGGUUAAAGAAGCUGUUCCUUAAUGAUGCUAAGCAACCGAGCGAUGCCCAUGAAACCUGUAAGGACAUAUCUGAUCUAAUACUUUACAAAUACGAACUUUACUGCUUUUUAAGAUGAUAACCAAAACAAGUUAUGUAAAAUGAGCAACAGUGGCAAUUACUAAAUUGUAAAAUAUUAAUAUAUAUUUUUAAGGGAGUAAAUACUUUGAAGGAUAUUUCAGUGUGAAAUGUAAUUUGGUUUAUUAUGUUUCAUUUUUAAAGAUUAAUGGAAGAUUUAACUUUGAGGUGUACAAUCUUUGCUUGAGAACAUGUUUUGAAGUUUUACAAUAUUUAUUUUGGGAUUAACAACAAUCGUCUAAACCAAAAAAAGCCACUUACGAAGUAUUGGUUAGAAGAGCAAAUAUGUAAUUGCAUAUGACUAUAUUUAAACAUUUGGCACGAAAUGCACAAUUUGCUCCUAUUCAUUAUAUGGUAACUAGCUAUGUAUGACAGUUACAGUAUCUACAAGCUUCUACUUGAAAAUGUCUUUUUCCUGCUAAGUUGUUGGAAAAGCAACUGUUACGUUUGGCAUAUCUUUGUCUCUUGCUUAAAGGAAAUUUCGUAAAACAGAAAUUUUGACAGAAUAGGCAAAUGUGACUAAUAUCACCUACAAAAGCCUUGACCAAUCUCUUAAAAUGGGAAGAAAAAGGCAGUGAAUGUUGUUACACAAAGGUGAAUGUUACCUACCUGGAACUGUUGUAGCUGAGUCUCCAUUAAUAUGUACUAGUUUUACAAAGUGUACCUCUAUCUACUUGCUGGAUUAAGCGAUAUUUUUAAAUUUUCCUUGGUGUAAAUAAAGAAUAAGACACACUGUUGAGGCCAUA